AACCUGGCUCUUGUGCUAGACUCCCAAGGAAAGUACGAUGAAUCGGAGGCGCUGAAUCGGCGUACACUGGAGGGGCGUGAGAAGAUUCUUGGACCAGACCACCCAACCACCCUACCAAGUCUGAAGAACUUGGCUCAAGUGCUAAAAUCCCAAGGAAAGUACUAUAAAUCGGAGGUGAUGCACCGGCGUGAACUAGAGGGUUGCGAGAAGAUUCUUGGACCAGGCCAUCCAGACACCUUAAUAAGUGUUAGCAAUCUCGCCAGUGUGCUUCAAAGCCAAGGGAAGUACAAGGAAUCAGAGACAAUGCAUCGGCAUGCACUAGAGCAGCGCAAGAAGAUUCUUGUACCAGACCAUCCCAAAACCCAAUUAAGUGCCAACAACCUGGCUAGGGUGCUGCGGCUCCAA